GUUAUCGACACCGACAUCCACCGCAAGCAUGGGCUCCAACAAACCCCGUGGAUUGCAAGCAGCACGAAAGCUCCGCACCGACCGCCGCCUCAACCGCUGGGCGGACAAGUCCUACAAGAAGCGCGCCCUUGGCAACUUCUACAAGACCUCCCCAACGGGAGGUUCUUCACACGCCAAAGGCAUCGUCCUUGAGAAGGUCGGUGUUGAGGCCAAGCAACCCAACUCUGCCAUCCGGAAGUGUGUCCGUGUGCAGCUCAUCAAGAACGGCAAGAAGGUCACUGCUUUCGUUCCCAACGAUGGUUGCUUGAAUUUUGUCGACGAGAACGACGAGGUCCUCAUCUCCGGUUUCGGUCGUCGUGGCAAGGCCAAGGGUGAUAUUCCAGGUGUCCGCUUCAAGGUUGUCAAGGUCUCUGGUGUCGGCCUCCUCGCGUUGUGGAAGGAGAAAAAGGAGAAGCCCCGCUCAUAAAUUAUUCCGGACGACCCCCUUCCUGUCGUCGUCGCUUUCGUACCCCACGCUUGUGGUCCACAUGCCAUGAUAUGUCUGUAUUGCCCUCACCCACCCGUGCUCCUUGCUACUCUGCCCCAAUGCAUCAUAGGCUAAAAUCGAAAAGAGCAGGGCACGCUCGCGCGACUCCUGUAUGAUAUGCCCAUUCUUCCUCUGCCAUCUUAGGAUGUGUUAUC